CGAUAAUAAGAUAAACAAAUUCAUUCGUACUUUUUUGUUAUAUCAUUUAACAUUUAAAUCUAACUGAAGUGAUGGAGGACAUUAUUUUUGAAGAGGAAGACAUUCCAUAUGAGGAGGAAAUCUUGAGAAAUCCUUACAGUGUGAAAUGUUGGUUGAGGUAUAUCGAACACAAAAAAUCUGCCCCCAAUGACGUCAUCAACAUGCUGUACGAACGAGCCCUCAAAGAACUACCUGGAAGUUAUAAAAUCUGGCAUAGUUACCUAAAGUUGAGACUUGUUCAGAUUAAGGGAAUCAAUAUCAAUAGUAACAUGUAUAAAGAUCUCAAUAGCACCUUUGAAAGAUCACUCACAUUCAUGCAUAAGAUGCCACGAAUUUGGUUGGAGUACCUACAAUUCCUAAUUGACCAGGGCUUCGUAACCACAACGAGAAGAGCAUUCGAUCGAGCCCUGCGAUCCCUACCCAUCACCCAACACCAGAGGAUAUGGAAUCUGUAUCUUCUCUUCCUCAUGAAGUAUCCUGAUUUGCAGGAAACUAUUGUCAGAUGCUAUCGAAGAUAUCUUAAGUUGAUGCCAGAAGAUUCUGAAGAUUUCAUUGACUACUUGAAGUCAGUUGAUCGACUGGACGAGGCAGCCAUCUUGCUGGUCAAAAUCAUCAAUGAUGACAAGUUCCAAUCAAAAUAUGGAAAGUCAAAGCAUCAGCUGUGGAAUCAGUUAUGUGAUCUUGUCUCAAAGAAUCCGACCAAAGUGGUUUCUCUGAAGGUUGAGCCGAUUGUGAGGCAGGGAAUCAAGAAAUACACAGACCAAGUUGGUAUGCUGUGGAAUGCUCUCGCAGAUUAUUACGUUAGAAGUCAGCUCUUUGAAAGGGCUCGAGAUAUCUACGAAGAAGCCAUGUUAAGUGUCAUGACUGUCAGGGAUUUCACACAAAUUUUCGAUGCCUACACUCAAUUUGAGGACCAAAUAAUCAGAGCAAAAAUGGAGGCAACUAAUUCACUGGGCCCCACCGAAGAUGAUGACUUGGAGUUGGAAAUGCAUCUGGCUAGGCUGGAAGACCUCAUGGAAAGGAGGCCUUUGUUACUUAAUAGCGUCUUACUAAGGCAAAACCCUCACAAUGUCCAUGAAUGGCACAAGAGGAUCAAACUCUAUGAAGGAAAACCAAAAGAGAUUGUAGAGACGUACACUGAGGCCGUGGAGAUAGUCGACCCGAAACAGGCUUCUGGAAAAUUGUACACUUUGUGGGUUGGAUUUGCCAAAUUCUACGAGGAUGCUGGUCAAAUUACUGAUGCUCGUCUGAUUUUCGAAAAAGGUAUGCUGGCAGACUUUAAGAAUGUCGAUGAGCUAGCAUCAUUGGUUUGUGAGUAUGUUGAAAUGGAACUUAGGCACGAAAAUUAUACGGAGGCUCGUAAAGUUCUCCAAAAGGCUGUCGUACCUGUUGCUGGCAUUGUAGACUUCUAUGAUUCGACGGAGCCAGUGCAAAAUAGACUGUAUAAAUCACUGAAAGUUUGGGCACUGUAUGCUGAUCUAGAAGAAACUUUUGGAACACAUAUGUCUUGCAAGUCAGUCUAUGAUAGGAUACUCGAUUUAAAGAUAGCCAAUCCGCAGAUAGUUAUGAACUACGCCACAUAUCUAGAGGAACUCAACUACUUUGAAGAAGCUUUCAAGGCUUACGAAAAGGGCAUAGCACUAUUUAAAUGGCCCAACGUGUAUGAGAUUUGGAACACGUACCUGACAAAGUUCAUAGCGCGUUACAAAGGUGACAAGCUGGAGAGGGCACGUGAUCUCUUUGAACAGUGCCUCGAAAAGUGCCCUGCCAAAUUCGCUAAACCUAUCUACCUGAUGUAUGCAAAACUUGAAGAAGAUUUUGGGCAGGCCCGACACGCCAUGGAGGUGUACGACAAGGCUACUAAGGGGGUCCUACCUGAAGAUCAAUACGAGAUGUACAACAUGUACAUUAGAAGAGCGACGGAUUUGUACGGCCUUACACAUACAAGGGGUAUUUAUCAUAAGGCUAUCGAAGCACUCACUGAUGACCAGGCCAAGGACAUGAGUAUGAGGUUUGCCGACUUGGAGUGCAAGCUCGGUGAGAUUGACAGGGCGCGAGCCAUAUAUGCCCACUGCUCUCAGAUGUGUGAUCCCAGGGUGGCAGUCGACUUCUGGAAAACCUGGAAGGAUUUUGAGAUCCGUCAUGGGAAUGAGGACACAUUGAGAGAGAUGAUGAGGACGAAGAGGAGCGUCAUGGCCAUCUUCAACACGCAGGUUAAUUUCAUGUCUGCUCAGAUGCUAUCUGCUCAUGCUGCCAAACGAGCUCAUGAAGCUGAAAGUGCAGUGGAUGACAGCAUGAGAUCGUUGGAGAAGAAGGCAAGAGAAUUAGCGGAGGAAUCUAAGAAGGAUGAAGUAGCAUCUUCAGCUAACAUGGCUGGACUUUCCAAAUUUGUGAGAGGGCAGGCAACUGAUGACGAACUCGGACAACUAGCUGAAACAAAAAAUCCAGACGAGAUAGACAUAGAUGACGACAAUGAAGAUGAAGAGGAUAUAACUGAAGAAUUUGAACUUGAGAAGCAAACCAUCCCUAGUGAGGUGUUUGGAAAAUUAUUGCCUGAAAAUGAUUGAAGUCACUUUACGUUUGAAAUAAAGAUUAAACACCGACAUGAAGUGUAACGUCUGCCACAUUCAUUGCAUAUUCAAUUGAUAAUUUUCAAACUAUUUCACAUAACUUUCAAACUAUUUCACAUAACAUUCAAUAAUGUCAGAUCUAUUUAAACAUGUAAAACAUUAUGGAUACUGAUACAGAAUUACACAGUUUCUAUGCUUCCUUUCCUCACUACUUUGCAAACAUACCACAAUUUAUUAUGAUUUGCAUAACACAUCAGCAACAUGCUGCUCUGCCUAUGAAAAUAAGUUGAAGACAUUUUGUAAUGAUUUAAUUACCAUGUAACAACAUUGUUUCAUUGUUAAUUUCACAUAAUAUCUUAUGCACAAAAAAUACUAUGACAAUAAUACUUAUUUAAAUAAUAAAAUAAAUUUGACGAUCACAAUACAACUAAGAGUAAAUGAUAUAAUAUUCAUCUAAUACAGCACGUUACUAGGGAAGCUCACAUUAUUUAAAAACAUUUUUUGUAUAUGUAUGCGUAGUACAAGUCUGUGUGUAUGCGUAUGUAUAUGUGUGUAGUGUGUAUGUCUUUGUAUAUGUGUCUAAUGUGUAUGUAUACGGUUGAGACUAAGCAAAACGUAUCUAGAUAUGUUUAUAUACGUGAUGGGUACAAACGUGCAUUUGCGUCUGUCGAUCAGUGUAUCAUACUAUUAAAUAUGCACAUGAUUAGAUGGGUGUGUGUGUGUGUGUAAUGAAUUCAUAAAUAUGUGUGGAAAUCUCAUUAAAAGUAUCCAAGAAGUUU